CCAAAAUAUAACUUUUACAUUUUAUAAAAAUCAUUAGAAAAAUUUUGAGCUGCACGAUACCAUAUCUAUAGAUAUUGAAAUUUACAGAGCAGUUUAUGUUUCCACUAAUAAAAAAAUUAGCAUCUUUACGGUUAUCCACCAAAAUGUCACACCUCUCUCCGCGUAACACAAUGGAGAGUAGUAAUGGCAUACAUAUAUAUAUAGCACAAGACAAGUGAUAAAACAAGUCUAGCUUUCUUUUAAAACAAGUUUCGCUUUCUUUUCUUUUCUCAUCCUAAGUAGUCACUUAUUACUUGUUUCACAUAUUUUCUUGAACUUGAUAAUGGAGGAAAAGGUACCUCAGCUCAUUAUACGUUUCAAACUUUCGAAGCCUAAAGAAGUGAGUAAAGCAUGCUACCUAAGAAUUUCUCUCUUAACAAUAUUAUGUUUUCACAUUAUGUUUAUUCUUAUUAUCUUCUUGUUUUCUCUUUUCCCUCCCUAAUGCGGGAUACUCCACCCAAACUUUUGCAGCCACAUGGGUCUCUAACAAAGGAAGAGUUAAGAAAAGAAAGAAGAAGAGAGGCCAACAGAAGAUGUGUCCAGAGGAAGAGAAAGAGAGAACAGGAAACAUUCCAAGAGCUCGAAGGAUCCGUGGCAAAGCUUAGAACUGAAGUCCAAUUACUCCAUGAAGAACUUACUAGACUUGACAAGGAAAAUAAGGAACUCGACGAGGAAAAUAACUCCAUUCAAGAAGAAAUUUACAAGAUGCAUGGAAUGGAAUUAUCAGCAAAAUUUGUGAUCAGUUCUGCUGUUGAUGAAGUUUAGAAAUUAGAAGCUAUAGUUAUAAAUUUAGAAAUGGCUUAGUUUUUGAGAAUUUCUUGUAAAUGUAGGUAAUUAUAUUUUAGUUGAAUAAGCCUUUGUUUAAUUAGUGUAGUAAUAUUAAGUUGUGUUUGCUAAGGGUCA